CACUUCAGUAUAACUAAGCUAUUCGCAGGGGUCGGAUCAUGUCGGGCUUGGUGCUAUACGGUUUGGACAUAAGUCCACCAGUCAGGGCCUGCAAGUUGGUCCUGCGAGCUCUGGACUUGGACUAUCAGUACAAGCAGGUCGAUGUGUUGGCUGGGGAGCACUUCAAGGAGGAGUUUAAGAAAAAGAAUCCCCAGAACACAGUGCCCCUGUUGGAAGAUAAUGGAGCUCUCAUCUGGGACUCGCAUGCCAUUGUCUGUUAUUUGGUGGACAAGUAUGCCAAGACGGAUGAGCUGUAUCCCAAGGAUCUGCUGGCACGGGCCCAGGUGAAUCAGCGACUCUACUUCGAUGCCAGUGUCCUGUUUAUGUCCUUGCGGAACGUCAGUAUUCCCUAUUUCUACCACAAUGUGACUCUAGUGCCCAAGGAAAAGGUGGACAACAUCAAGUCGGGCUAUGCCAUCCUGGAGUCCUUUUUGGGGGACAAUCCCUAUGUCACUGGGUCCACCCUGACUGUGGCGGAUCUGUGCUGUGGAGCCACUGCCUCCUCGUUGGCCGCCAUUCUCGAGCUGGACGCCACCAAGUAUCCCAAGGUGGCCGCCUGGCUGGAGCGCCUCUCCAAGUUGCCCGACUACGAGGGGGGCUUGAAGGAGUACAUUGAGCUGCUCCGGCCCGUUCUGACCUUGGAGCAUUGAAUCCGAAUUUAAAAAGCCAAUAAAUAAUAUAUAUUUUACAGUA